CGACAAACAACCGGAUAGGGGUGCACGAUAAGCUUCCUCCGACGCGUCCGCUUGAACUCUCAAACUCAGAAGAUCACAGCCACACCUUUGCCGCAUCCAGUACUAGUGCGAUAGGGCUGCUCGCGUACUUACGACCAACUUCGACUCAGCGCUGUGUUAUAUAUGUCGUUCUCUACACACAAGACAUCAUCCGGCUUUCUCCUCCCGUCCAUCCACGCCGCCCCGCCGUUCUUCACGAAGCAGCCAAACCCCGCAACGCAGGCGACAGUGACGCAGCACUGGACGCAGCUCAUUCUCUCGUACGCGCGGCACCGGAAUCUCUUCGCGCUGCGCGCGGAGGACGCGGACGUCGCGGGCGGCGCGUGGGACGAGAUCCUCCGCAACCCGCGGAUCAACCGACGGUUGCUUUCCUCGCAUCUGAGCGCGAUACUCGCGGACAUGGUCGCCAAGGGCCACGCGGUGUACGAACCACCGAAGCAGACGUCGUCUGUGCUGCUCUACUGGCGCUCCGCGGAAGAGUGGGCGCAGGUCCUCUACGACUGGGCAAACACGACGGGGCAGAUGAACACGAUCAUGACGUUCUACGAGAUCGUGGAGCCGCCGGUGCCGUCGCCGCUCUCGGACAUCCCGCUGCCGAUCCUGCGCAGGGCGGUCGGGGUGCUCACGAAGUCAAAUCGCGCGCAGAUCAUCGCGGUCACGGAUGGCGAGGGCGUGCGUUUCCUUGCUGGGACCACGGGCAAGUGAGGCGAUGGGGGAAACAUACCUUCGGACGCUCGCGGGUUGGGAUGAGCUAUGCGGUCAGGACGUGUUAUCCAGAAUCCAGAGUGGAGAAUGUCGUUUGAGUUGUAUGAUAAAUGUGCACGAUAGCCUAAAGGGGAUGGGUGUGCCGCUUCUAUUGAUGCUAUCUAGGUACAUUUCUGAAACAUAUAGAGG